GGCUCACUGAAAUCCAUCCACAACAGCUGACGGGCUUACUUACACAACAACCCCGUGGCCGACUUUCUGGGCCGCCCUAGGGUAAUCACUCCAAAACAAGGGUGGAGAUCAAACUCGGUCUCUGUCACGAACUUCAGGCUUCCAGCCGGGAUGCAAGGCCGCCCCUUCUGACACCCCGAGGCUGCGAGCCUGUGAGUCUGGGUAUAUGAAGCCGCUGAUUUCCACGGGCUUGGCGCGAACUAUUGGAUGUCCAGGCUGUACAACUGUUGAUCUUGGCUCAUCUUGUCAAUACCAUUCUUUCGCUUCAUAUUCCCAUUGGACGAGCCGAAUACAUACCAUGCAGUUCACAAACACCGCACUGUUCUUCUUGGCAGCCUCCGGCUCACUGGUGGUGGCUACACCAGCAGGGCGCGCUGGUCUUGUCAAGAGGCAAGCUAACGCGGCUGCCAACGAUGGAGCAAAGGGAAUUCUAGCCGCCCAGAAGGCAGAGUUGGCAAAACUUCUUGAGGAUAAUGGUAUAGCCGGCGCCAUCACAACUGGCGCACAAGCACAGUCGAUCCUUGCCGAGCUCGAGGCAUCCCUGGGCAUCACGCUCAACCCGGCGACGGCAACGGCCGGCGGCGCCGAGGCCACCGCAGCCAGCGCUGCCGACGGUGGCCAAGGACAGGGCCAAGGCGGCCAAGGACAGGCACAGGCAACCGGGCAGGCCGGCGCCGGUGGUGCCCAGGCUGGCGCCGCGGGCAAGUCAGGAGAGGCCAAGGCGACGGGCGCCGCCGGGAACGGAAAUGCCCAAGGGGCCGGGGCCGGGGCCGCUGAUGCGCAGCCGACCGGCGCCCCGGGGGCCAACAACGGCGGCAAUGGCAAUGGAAGUCAGAACAGCGGCGAUGGGAAUGGAAACCCGGCGGCGGCGGCGGGGGACCAGGCGCAGCAGAACGCCGACGCGGUGGCUAAGCUGAGCGCCGCCAAUGUGGCCGCGCAGGCGUCCCAGAGCGCGGCUAUCGUUGCUGCUCAGCAGGCUCAGCAAGGCUCGCCGGCUGGGUUGCGGCACUAG